AUGGCGACUCAAGUUGAAACAACAUCAUCCUUUGGCUCCAAUAACAAAACCAAGUAUAGAUAUGAUGUUUUUCUGAGUUUUAGAGGUGAAGAUACUCGCCGCACCUUCACUGUGCCUUUCUACAAUGCUUUGCGAUGUAAGGGAAUCAAUGCCUUCAUUGACGACAGGAAACUUGGCAAAGGGGAAGAGAUCUCACCUACGCUUCUUAGAGCCAUUGAGAGAUCGAGAAUUUCCUUCAUUGUGUUCUCUAGGAACUAUGCUACUUCCACAUGGUGCCUAGAGGAACUCGCCCAUAUCAUUUGGUGUCAGAAGCAGAAGAACCAGCUGGUUAUGCCCAUCUUUUACAAGGUGGAUCCGUUGGAUGUUCAGUAUCAGAAAAAUAGCUUUCAGGAAGCCAUGGCUGCUCUUGAAGAUAGGUUCAGAGAUGACUUGGAGAAAGUGCGCAAAUGGAGAUCUGCUUUGUUUGAAGCUGCUAGCUUAUCACCAGCAUGGCUUUUCGAAGAAGAUGGAUACGACGAAGGUGGAUUUAUUGAAGGUAUUGCUGAAGAUGCAUACGCUAGGCUACCUCCUAAACGCUUCCAUGACGUUGAUUACAUCGUUGGACUUGAGCCUUGUAUAGAAGAAGUCAUGUCACUUUUGGAUGAGUCUGAUAAUAGUGUUUCUAUGUUGGGGAUUCAUGGAGCUGGUGGAAUUGGCAAAACAACCCUUGCAAAAGCCAUCUAUAACUCAAUCUUCUUCUAUUUUGAAGGUGCUUGUUUUUUAUUUGAUGUCAGAGAAGCGUCAAAGAAAUAUCAGGGUGUUGUCCGCCUUCAACAAACACUUCUAUCAGAAGUUCUUGAGGAAAAGAAGAUGAAGUUUGGUAGUGUUGAUGAAGGAAUAUCAAAAAUAAAGCAUAGACUCUCUCACAAAAAGAUUUUGUUGAUUCUUGAUGACGUUGAAGAAGUUGAACAGUUAGAACAACUUGCAGGAGGGGCUGAUUGGUUUGUUUGUGGAAGCAAGAUCAUCAUAACAACAAGAAACAAGCAAUUGCUAGUUGCACACGAUCUUAAAAAAACAUAUGAAAUGAAAGAGCUGAAUGAGCAUGACUCUCUUAAACUGUUUUGUUGGCAUGCCUUUCGAAUGAGCCACCCUCCAAAAAGCUACAAAAGUAUGUCAAUUGGUGUUACAGAUUAUGUACGUGGCCUUCCUUUGGCCUUAAAAUUGAUAGGCUCCAAUUUGAGACGUAGAAAAUUAGCGGAAUGGAGAUAUACACUACAACAAUAUAACCAAAUCACUGGAAGAACAAUACAUGAGAUAUUGAAAAUAAGCUGUGAUUGCUUACAAGAGGGUGCUAAGCGUAUUUUUCUGGACAUUGCUUUUUUCUUUAAAGAGGAGAAUUUGGAAUAUGUUGAAGACAUACUAGGAGCUUGUAAUUACGGGCCAAGGUUUUAUAUUGAAGUUCUUGUUGAUAAAUCUCUAAUAAGUGUUGCUGAUAAUGGUCGCUUGCACAUGCAUGAUCUAAUACAACAAAUGGCUAGAGAGAUUGUUAAGCAAGAGGAAUACGGCCUCACACACUAUGCAACUUGGUCCGCCGCGGAUUACUGA